CUCCCUAUUUGGCCAUUGCUCUGGCUGCCCCCUCCCCUUCCUUACAUGGUCUGGGAGCCCCCCGGCUGAUCCUCUCCCCUGCCCUUGGUUCCAAGAAUGGCCUCAGCGGUCCUAGAUGGUGCUAAGGCGACCAAAUAAGGCAAGGUGGCAGAUCAGGGGCCCCCCACCCCUGCCCCCGGCUGCUCCAACUGACCCCGUCCAUCAGCGUGCUAUAAAGCCGCGCUCCAGGCGACUGACACCCAGUGCCUGCCGCCAGCCCAGCGGAAACCAGCUGCCCCUCGCACGCCCACAGAUUCCACAGAAGCUGUGCCACGAUGUGUGACGACGAGGAGACCACUGCUUUGGUGUGCGACAAUGGCUCAGGGCUGGUGAAGGCCGGCUUCGCGGGUGAUGAUGCCCCUAGAGCUGUCUUCCCUUCCAUCGUGGGUCGCCCACGCCACCAGGGUGUCAUGGUGGGUAUGGGGCAGAAGGACUCCUAUGUAGGUGAUGAAGCUCAGAGCAAGCGAGGUAUCCUGACUCUGAAGUACCCCAUUGAACAUGGCAUUAUCACCAACUGGGAUGACAUGGAGAAGAUCUGGCACCAUACAUUCUACAAUGAGCUCCGUGUGGCCCCUGAGGAGCACCCGACCCUGCUCACUGAAGCCCCACUGAACCCCAAGGCCAACCGUGAGAAGAUGACCCAGAUCAUGUUUGAGACCUUCAAUGUCCCUGCCAUGUAUGUGGCCAUCCAAGCAGUGCUGUCUCUGUAUGCUUCCGGAAGAACCACAGGCAUUGUUCUGGACUCUGGCGAUGGUGUAACUCACAACGUCCCCAUCUAUGAGGGUUAUGCCUUACCCCACGCCAUCAUGCGUCUGGAUCUAGCUGGUCGGGAUCUCACCGACUACCUCAUGAAGAUCCUCACUGAGCGCGGGUACUCCUUUGUCACCACUGCUGAACGGGAAAUUGUCCGUGACAUUAAGGAAAAGCUGUGUUACGUUGCCCUGGACUUUGAGAAUGAGAUGGCUACAGCUGCCUCUUCCUCCUCUCUGGAGAAGAGCUAUGAACUGCCUGAUGGCCAGGUCAUCACCAUUGGCAACGAGCGUUUCCGCUGUCCAGAGACACUCUUCCAGCCCUCUUUCAUUGGGAUGGAAUCUGCUGGCAUCCAUGAAACUACUUACAAUAGCAUCAUGAAGUGUGACAUUGAUAUCCGCAAGGACCUGUAUGCCAACAAUGUCCUAUCUGGAGGCACCACCAUGUACCCCGGUAUUGCUGAUCGUAUGCAAAAGGAAAUCACCGCGCUGGCUCCCAGCACCAUGAAGAUUAAGAUUAUUGCUCCCCCUGAGCGUAAAUACUCUGUCUGGAUUGGGGGCUCCAUCCUGGCCUCUCUGUCCACCUUCCAACAAAUGUGGAUCAGCAAGCAAGAGUAUGAUGAAGCAGGCCCAUCCAUCGUUCAUCGCAAAUGCUUCUAAGUUGUCUCUCUCUUAGUCUCCCUUAUAUUCAGGAUGAUGGUAUUGUGCUUCUUGGAAUCCUCUGAGCCCCCCUCCUCCAUCUCUCAUCAGUCAUUGUACAGUUUGUUUACACACGUGCAGUUUGUUUGUGCUUCAAAUAUUUAUUGCUUUAUAAAUAAAUCAGACCAGGACUUGCAACCUACAGAAGCCUGCCUUCUUUCUUGUGGGAGUAGUCCCAGGAUGGGAAAUGUGUCUGGUACCCUAGGCCUGGAAUGGGGAAGGUGUUUGUUUGGGUACCCUGAACAUUACCAUAUUAAUGCAAUGCCAAGUUUGCCUGAUAAAUUCAUAUGGCAUUGAGACAGGAGUUACAGCACUACAUUUUGAUUUCAUCCUUUGGGAUAGAAUCAUGAAUAGAUUUUGAAUCUUAGAAAGAAAGAUUAGUUCCAUGGCUUAGUUGUUAGGUUUAGGUCUAUUGAAGUAAGAAGAGAAAAUGGACAACACAACUAUCUACAAUUAGUUGCUAUAUUUGGUAUUGCAAAUUAUUUUAGCACAUCUUGCAUAUUUUAUAACUUAAUAGAAAACACACAUAUUGGUAAUAAGAGGGUCAAAGUUUAAAUUAGCUUUUCUUCUUCUUUUAUUGCAUUCCUCAAUUGUCUGGGGUUUUUUGUUGGUUUCCUUGCUUGCUUGUUUUAGUUUUAUUUAUUUUAUUUUGUGUGUCUGAGCAUUUUGCCUGCCUGUAUACCUGUGCACCAUGUGCAAGCCUGGAGGCCACAGAGGUAAGAAGAGGGCAUAAGAUCUACUAGAACUGGAGUUACCAAUGGCUGUGAGCCACCAUGUGGGUGCUGGGAAUCGAAGGGUCCUCUAUAGAAGAUAAUAAGGAUAUUAACUGCUGAGACAGCACUCCAGCCUGCAGAUGUGUUUUUGAAGGCUAUGGAAGACAUGGGGAGGUCUACUUGCCAGAUGUUGCUUUGUCUUAUUGCAUAUACCCACCAUCUCUCAGUCUCUUGAACCCAGGUUAUGUGAAAGUUGUAAAAAAAAAGAGGGGGGCAACAACAGUAUAAGGCUUAUGAAUACACAAUGACCAAAUGAAUUCCAAAUAAAAUAUAAAAUGAAUCCAAGAUGUUUGUGACAGCUAUUGCCUAUGUUUCAUCACAUGACUUCAUUGCAACGUUGGUUCUGAGUACACAACGUGUGUAUUUCAUAUUGUGCACAACAUUGCACCAUGGAACACCAACAAACACUGCCUGAAACAGCUCAAAUUCAAGACUGUUGUACGCUAUGAAUGCAGUGUUUUCAUUGUAUGCACAAGGUUUCCUAUUCUCAUCCAAACAUAACAGUUUAAUUUCUGAAAAUGGACUUUAAUAUUUCUCUACUGUCCUGAGCAUGUAAGCAUCAAGUUACUAUAUCAUUGGACUGUAUUAUGUUAAAAUGUUUGAUUUUUUUAAAGUUGCAGUCUGCAUUGCUGACGAGUUUUAUUUUUAAAAAUUAUUAAAGGAAGGAAUUUUGACCUGGGAUUAGAACAGAAUUUCCAGCAAUUUCUGAGAUGGCCCUCAUUGUCCUUCUGCCAUUUUGCAUGAUUUAUUUAUGAAAAAUGGCAUUGUCAGACAGAACUGAUAGUUACAAAAAACAAAAUAUAGAUCACUUCAGGAAAAUAUUGAAGAUAAUCUUUGUUCUACAGUAUCGAAUACUCAGGCAAGAUUUAAUUCUUCAUGUAAAAAUAAGUAAGUACAACCAUCUUGUCAGUAUGCAAAGUUACUUUCAUCUUUAACAAAUGGUAAAUAUAUAUAUGCCAAAGAACUAUUUUAAAAUAAAUUCCCUUAUGAUUUAUCAUUAUGAUUUGUAUACCUACCUUACAUAGCAAUAUGCCUAGGAUCGCACACAAAAAAAAACUUAGGUGAAAAGGAAUCACAAGCAGAAAUUUUAAGACUUUCCCUGAACAAAUUUAGGACAUUGAAUAUCAGCAUGUUCAAAAUAAGGAGAAAGGGCAGAUAGUUUUGUCCACUUGGUGACAGAUUUACAGGACAGACUUGCAGCCACAUCAUUUCUCUGUCAUCUUAGGGUGUUGGGGUGAUGAAAAUGAAGGUGUGAAGGUCAGAGGCAGCAAGAAGUUAAGGAACCAUAAAGCAUGCUGGGAAAAGUAUCUACCGGGAUCAGUUUUGUUCUGUCUUUGAAAGACUCAUCUACAUGCAAACUCCAAACAUGUAUGACCUGGGGACUUCAACUGAUGGACACAUGUCUCUUUAAGAAUUAGAAUUAGGUAGGGAUUGAAAAGAUGGCUCAGUGGUUAGGAGUACUGGCUGCUCUUCCAGAGGACCUGGUUUAAAUCUCAGCACCUACAUGGCACCUCACAACUGUCUGUAACUCCAGCUCCAGGGGAUCUGGCACCUCCACACAGACAUACAUGCAGCAAAAUACCAAUGGACAUAAAAUAAAAAAUGAAUAAAUCUUAAAAAAAAAAAAAGGAACUAGGAUUAGGUAAGAAAAGCAGGGAGGAAGUCCUAGCAGGAGGAUGUGGGAAGGAAGCUAAGGGACCAGACAAAGCAGCCUGACACGAGCUGGAGAAUUUUAGGAAAUCUAAUUGUGAAAAGUAGGUUUCAACCUGAUUGCAGAAUCUUGAAAUUUCUUCAUUUUCAAAUUAUCUUGAGCAUGAACUGUUGGAGCUCACAGAGUGUUUGAUGGGCUUAAUUAAACUUCAUCUAUUGAGAGAAUCAAGAUGCAGAAAUGAAGCACCUGGUACAGUACUACCCAGCUUGUCUGUGAAAUACUUCAGACAGAACUCAGAUGUUCUGAUAUCUAAUGUGACAGUGCUUCUAAAAGCAUAUUUUCUAACUUUAGUCAUAGUUUAUCAUGGGUAUCCCCAUUCUAUCAUUCUCUGCCCUUUAGGACGUCUGGGUUCAAAAUCUGGAGCACUUCAGGCUCAUCAGAUAUCUUUAGUAGACUGCUGCUGUCAUUACCAUUCAAGGUCACCAUUGUGUCUUUAUGUCCAUCAAUUUAAAAGUAUCUCUUGAUCCUUGACUCUAGGCCAGGUUCAACGAUAGGGUCAGAAGACAGAAAGUUGUAUCUGAUCAUGUUUUCUGUGCUUAAGGAGCUCUCUCGGAGUUCUAUAUUUAGAAUAAGAAGAAGGUCUCUUCUACAAUAAUGCAGAAAUAGUAAUCUGAUUCAGUGGCCUUUUCUUUAGAUAAAAUAUAAAUGUUAUUUUAGAUUUUUCCCCUCAGCAGUAUCUUGUAGCACAAAUGGGUUGCUUUGAAAGUCAGGCAUCACAAGAAGACAUAUUUGAGCCAUGUAUAUGGAAUAUUAUGUAGACACUCUCUUUGACUCCUUCAUCUCUUAGGUUGGGUGCAUACAUAUUAUAAAUUUCAUAUCUAAAUAUUGUAUUAAUAGUUUAAUGUUACACAAUUUACUGGGAUAUAAUCUCUUUGUAUUUCUAUUUAUGAGUAGAUAUAAGAUGUAUAUUAUUUCUAUUUAAAAGUAAAAGCUUUAAGAAUUAUUGUCUGACAUUUGUACCCAAAGUGGAAAGCACAUAGAUUCACAUUGCAUUUUGGUAUUCUCAUCUAUGCUUGAAAAUUUGAUGUAAGAUACUAGGACAGAUGAAUCUUUCAAAAACUGUGCUUUAAGAAAGGCACUAAACCAAUCAUGUUUUUCAAAAGCCACCUUCAUGUGAGUAAAAUAAUUGAUAUGUUUACAGUAACGUAUUUCAUUAAAAUGCUAAGUAUGAAACCUUGUAUUAUUUAUAUUUUUCUCAGAUUAUAAUGAAAAAACUAUUGUUAGUACUUUUUCAUACCUUCAAAUACUUUUUUAAAAUUUUAUGAACUGAGAAACAGGUAUUACUGUAGAUAUGUUUGUAAAUAUUCAAGACAAUAGAAUUAGGGAAAAGAAAAAUUACUGAAGGAAAUAGAAUAUGUAGAACACUGGGGCUGAUUUACUAUUUUAGGGCCUAAGUAAAAAUUCCCAGGACUUUGUUCAUUCAUUCAUUCAUUAAUUCAUUCAUUCAUUCAUUUCUCACAUGAGACAUGUUUUCUAGGUAGUCCAGGCUGGACUUGAACUUGUGACUCUCCUGCCUAUGUGUUUUGAGUUCUGGUAUGACCCACCAUGCCUAGCAUUCUCUUUACUUCUCUCAUGGAUACUAAAUCUGAAUUUUGAACCCACAUUCUUGCAGUGAAUCCUUACACUAGUGUGACUGUGUUUGGGAGAGGUCUUCUAUGGAGGUAAUUAAGCUUAAAUGAGGUCAUAACCUUAAGAAUCUCACUGUAUGGAAUUGGUGGACUCAUUAGAAGAGGAAGAGACACUAGAGGCACACAGAAUGAGCACACAGCAGGCAAGCAACCAUCUGCAAGUCAAUAAACGCAAGAGAAAGCAUCCAUGCACACAUCUUCAUCUUGGGCUUCCAGCCUCCAGAACUGUGGGGAAUAUUUUUGUUGAAAGCACUCAAACCUGGGGCACUUGGUUGGGGUAGUCUUGAUAGACUAAUACAAGCUCCUUCCAUAUUUUGGGCAUGGUAUAUUAAGAUCCUUCUACAAACUCAUCAGUUACUGGGAUAGCAAAAUAAAAACUUCUUUUGAAGGUGAUAUUAGCAAAAGGUCCAGGGAGGUCUCUAGCAAGGCUUGGGGACUGAGGCAUACAGUGAAGCAGUGUCUAGUUUAUUCCCAUGCAACUGAUGGAAACUGAUACGUAAAGAGGCAUCAGUUUGACUUAGGUCACACUACUAGUUAGUAGCUGAGACUGAACACAUCCUGUUAGCAACCCAGUGGAUCUCUUCACCAACAAUGGCAGUUGGAAACCAAAGAACAUGCUCUCUCCAUGAACACAUUCUAUCUAUAAGGAGUUUCUGAGUCACUGUCUUAUUGUAAGUGUACAGACAAAUGCUUUGAAGAGAAGGAUAAAAAUAGGUAUAAACCUAGGCAGAAGACUCAGUUGCUUGCUUUAGUCAAUAUAUACUUACUGAAUUUAUCCUAGUAGGUCCUAGAGAUAAAAUAGAUAUGGUCACUGCACUCAUUUGAGUUACAGUUCGAUGAUAUAGUGUAUGUGUGUGUGUGUGUGUGUGUGUGUGUGUGUGUGUGUGUGUGUGUGUG